UUCUUUUCCUGGACAUCUUGUUAAGGGAAGUAUCAGUACGAAAAACAAAUAUUUCAGGAUUUCCUGUACACACAGCACGUGCAAAUGGAUCACUUACUGCGAUAGGAGAAGAUAUUUGUGAAAAGUUUGAAACUGUGUUUCAUUUUUACGACAAAAUUUAUCAUUUUUAUUCAGAAUGAAAAACUGGAAAUGGGUUUCAAAAUGUACUCUAGUAUUUAUUGCAGUGCUGUUGAUAGGGUCAAAAGCACCUGCUUCACGGGUAGCGACAACUUCCGGUGAUAUUGAAGGAAUCACUAAUGUCAUUGAUGGAACCACAGUGGAUAUUUAUUUAGGAAUACCGUUCGCGAAACCACCUUUAGGAGAUCUUAGAUUUCGAGCACCGCAACCAGUUGAUAGGUGGAAGGAAGUGAAGAAGACUAAAACACAACCGAAUAGCUGCGUCCAGUCUAUUGACACAAAUUUUGGACAGUUCGAAGGGGUUGAAAUGUGGAACGCUAAUACAAAUAUUAAUGAAGAUUGUUUGUACUUAAAUUUAUGGGUUCCAAGAAUCGACAACAACACGAAGACAACACUGAUAUGGAUAUAUGGUGGAGGAUAUACGUCUGGGAGUAUCACGUUAGAUGUUUAUGACGGCAAACAGCUUGCCGCUAAACAGGGAAUAAUUGUAGUCUCAAUGCAGUACAGAAUGGGUGCAAUGGGGUUUCUUUACACGGGUACGAAAGACGCGCCGGGAAAUAUGGGCUUAUUAGAUCAACAACUUGCCAUGAGAUGGAUACAUGAUAAUAUCGAACACUUUGGGGGCAGUAGGGAUAACAUAACCUUGUUUGGUGAGAGUGCGGGAGCCGGAAGUGUGAGCCAUCAUGUAUUUUCUGAGUUGUCGUGGCCUUAUUUCAAUAAUGCCAUAAUGUUAAGCGGUUCCUCAUUCGCACCUUGGGCAAUAAAGAAUCCAGAAUCUUUAGUGAGUCGUACAAAAUCUCUCGCAAAAAUAUUGAACUGUCCUCAUGCCCACACGAAAGAUAUGAUCAAGUGUCUUUGCAGGAAGGACGCAAUGGAUAUUGAGAAAAACCAAUGGUUGUUGGAUGAUAAAUUUAGUCCAACUGUUGAUGGUACAUUUAUGCUUGAUUAUCCAUUCAAACUGUUAGAAUCUGAAAAAAUAAAAAGAACAAAUAUUUUAUUAGGCAACACAAAAGAUGAAGGAGAGUACUUUUUACAUUAUUUCUACCCUGACAUCUUUCCAGCCGGUUCGCUUUGGAACCCGGCUCCGCUAAAUAGAAGUCAAUAUCUGGAUGUCGUCUGCCGCAUUGGUGAUUGCCAAGGUGACCUUGACCGUAACGGAUUCCUGUACACGUACGAGCUAUCAUGUCUGCCUUCCAAAAGGGAAAUCUACAGGGAUAUUUUAGAUAAUAUAUUAGGGGAUUGGUACUUCAAGUGUCCUGUCAGAAGUCUUGCGAAAAAAUAUUCCAAACUAUCGGACACUAGGACAUACCUCUACUCGUUUGAAUACAGACAUUCAGCCAACCCUUGGCCAUCAUGGAUGGGUGCGCUACAUGGAUAUGAAAUAGAGAUUGUCUUUGGGCAGCCAUUUAAUCGUCAGUUGAAUUACAGUGACCUUGACCGCAAGGUCAGCGCCAAGGUGAUGGAUUUCAUAGCAACCUUUGCAAAAACAGGAAACCUGGAUGCACUUAAGGACGAAUGGCCAGAGUUCACGACAAACUCGGAGCAACAUAUCGUGUUUUCUCAGGACGGAAGCACACAUAUACGAGAAGGAUUUAGAACAAAAGAAUGUUCAUUCUGGGAGUACCUCUUGCCAAAGCUCAGACAAGAAACAUCAGACGUCAGAAGUAACGGCAUAUGUCGCAGUAUUUCCAUUGCAUUUGUUUGGUUAUCGGUUGCCAUUGCCACAGCUGUCACCAGAUGAUCCACUAUAAGCAAAGCGCAUUUCUACGGAACGCCAAAUUUACAGAAACCCUCUUUUUUUCAAUUUCUUCAAUAUGUAUUUUUAAUAAUAAAAAUACUGUUCGUUUUAUAAUCUGCACUUUGCAAGAUACGAAUGAGUGCAUGAGUGAUGUGUGAGAUUUAGCAUCGAUAGCAUUUGGCUUGGCUUUGUGUUAAAUUAAAUAUUGAAAAUAUA